CAUCUAUAGUAGUAAUAAUAUUAUAAUAAAAUGACGCCCAAAGAAAACGGUGAAGAUCACCACCAUCUCAUCUCUCUCCUCGGCAAUGCCCGUCAAGACAUCGUCAGCCAGGCUGGUCGGAUUGUUCCUAACAUUCGCACCAUCCAGGAAAUCACCUCGACGGUUCUCAAUGGCGGUCUCAUUGACGAUCGCAAGUAUCUCAUUGAAAAUGUAAUCCAAACCGCUGCCUCCCUUCCCAACAACUCCGGGAUCAGGGAUAGCAUCACCAAUACCUUUAUCAAGACGUUGUGGAAUAGUCUCCAGCAUCCGCCACUGUCCUAUCUAGGCGAUGAGUUCAAGUAUCGCACUGCUGAUGGAAGGAACAAUAAUAUUAUGUAUCCCAAUCUGGGCAUCGCGGGAAGUCACUACGCGCGGACUGUCACUCCUAGACAUCCUCGGUUGUUGAAUCUGCCUGAACCGUCGUUGAUUUUUGAUACUCUGCUUGCUCGCAAUGGCCCGGCGAAAGAACACCCCAGCAACGUCUCCAGUCACCUGUUCUAUCUCGCCACAAUCAUCAUCCACGACAUCUUCCGCACGGACGACCACGACCCCACCGUCGUCAAAAACUCCUCCUACCUCGAUCUCGGCCCUCUCUACGGCCAUAACGAAAACCAGCAACGCAGAGUGCGCACCUUUACGGACGGCCUCCUCAAGAACGACACUUUUGCCGAACAGCGUCUUCUCGGCCAGCCGCCUGGCUCUUGUGCGUUGUUGAUUGCGUUUAACAGAUUCCAUAACUAUAUCGUCCGCGAACUGGCGUAUAUCAAUGAGGUAGGAAGAUUUAGUCUUCCGCCUGGUCUUACGAGUGAUAGACCGGGGUAUCAGGAGGCGUUGGCGAAGAGGGAUAAUGAUCUCUUCCAGACGGGACGGCUGAUCACCUGCGGCCUAUACGUCAACAUCAUCCUAAACGACUACCUCCGCACCAUCCUCAACCUCAACACAAACCCCUACGACUCAAACUGGACCCUCGACCCCCGCGAAAUCAUCAAAGUCUUCGACGCCCAGGGUCUCCCCCGCGGCGUGGGGAACCAAGUCAGCGCCGAGUUCAACAUGAUCUACCGCUGGCAUGCGGCGAUCAGCAACCACGACGAAGUGUGGGCGAGGGGCUUCAUGGGUGAGAUUUUUGGGGCGGAUGUUGAUGCUAGCACGCUCUCUGUGAGCAGCUUCCUGGGCGGAAUGCAGAAAUGGUUCAAAGAGCAUAUUCCUGGUGAUCCGUCGAUGUGGAACUUUGGGGGAUUGAAGAGAGGGAAGAAUGGGUGUUUUUCUGAUGCAGAGCUGGUGCGGUUGCUGCAGGAUGGGACGGAUAAUGUUGCUGGUGCCUUCGGAGCGAAGAAUAUCCCUCGUAUCAUGAAGGCGAUUGAAAUGCUGGGCAUCGAGCAAGGUCGGCAGUGGGAGUUGGCCACGUUGAAUGAGUUGAGAGAGUUUUUCAAGCUGAAGCCGUACUCUACUUUUAGCGAAGUAAACUCGGACCCAUCUGUCGCGGAAACACUCGAGGCACUGUACGGCCACCCCGACAACAUCGAACUGUACGUCGGCAUCCAAGCAGAAGAAGCCAAAAAGCCCUUCAUGCCUGGUUCUGGUCUCUGUCCGGGCUUCACCAUCUCCGUGGCUAUUCUGUCUGAUGCCGUGGCGCUUGUCCGCGGUGAUCGCUUCUACACGGUGGAUUAUAGUCCGGCCAAUUUGACCAAUUUCGGUUUCAACGCCGCCAACUCUGACUUUGACGUCGCCAACGGUGGCGUCAUGUAUAAGCUGCUCAUGCGCGCAUUCCCGGGCUGGUAUCGACCCAACAGCGUAUACGCGCUGUACCCAUUCACGACACCAGAUGGAAAUCUCGAGAUCUUUGAAAAGACUAACAAAGCCAAGUAUCUCGACUUUACGAAGCCGUCGUUUGUAGGCUUGCCGGUUGCAGUCACCACGUGGAAGGGCGUUGUUGAUGUCUUGAAUGAUCAGCAGCGGUUCCAUGUUCCUUGGGGUGAACAUACGUAUCAACUCACCGGACAUGAUUACAUGCUGAGUGGCGAUACACCGGAUGAUGCAGCCCAGCGUAUCUUUGUCAAGGAGUGUCUGUAUAGACCUCAUGAUGCGCUUGACCAGGUCCGUCGGUUUUAUGAGGCUACCACGACGGAUCUCAUCAAGAAGCAUAGCCGGAAGCUGGGCAAUUCGUACCAGGUGGAUUUUGUCAAGGAGAUCGGAAAUCUCGUCCACGCAUACUUUAUCUCGGAAUUCUUCAACAUCCCGCUCAAAGGCACGCACGGUGCUCCGGAAGACGCACACACGCCGGAGGAAAUGUACGAAGCCUUCUCGCAGCUCUUCGGCUAUGUCUUCCUCGACGUCGAUCCGGUGCAGUCGUUCAGGAACCGGACCGUGGCUACUCGAGCCACACAGCGCAUGGGCAAGUCUGUGACUGAUGCUGUCUACGAUAUCAAAGGACAGCUCUUCACUCGCAUCAGACAAAUCCUCGGCCAUUCGCGACGGGGAGCAGCGCUGACAGACUAUGGCCCUGAGCUUGUGAGAAGACUGCUGGAUGGCGGCAAGACGGUGGACGAGGUGGUGUGGAUUUUGAUUCCGACUGCGGCUGCUGCUUGUGCGACGCAGGCUCAGGGGUGGGCGCAAAUGAUCGAUCUCUACCUCUCGGACAAGUACUCGUCUCACUGGCCUGCCAUCCAGAAACUCGCUCAGUCUGAUAAACCCGAUGCCUUUGAGAAACUCAAGAAAUACGCUCUAGAGGGCUUCCGCCUAUCCACUCCCGCCUUUGGCGUCCUCCGCACCGCCGCCGACAAAACCACCAUCAAAGACGGCAUCAGCUCGACCAAAGUCGACAAAGGCGACACCAUCUUCGCCGACUUCAUCACGGCCGGCCAGGAUCCGCUGAAAUUCCCGAACCCGGAGGACAUCAGACUCGACCGGCCUGGUGAGGUGUAUAUCCACCAUGGAUGGGGGCCUCACGCGUGUCUGGGUAGAACGAUUGUCACGACCGCGGGAGCGGUCAUGUUGCAGGUGCUGGGUAGAUUGAGGAAUCUCCGCCGUGCGCCUGGACCGGCUGGCGAGAUGAAGAGUAAGUUGGUGAAUGGGGCGUUUAAGGUGUAUUUGCCGGAGGAUGGGAGUGAGUGGACGCCGUUCCCGUGCAAUAUGAAGGUUAUGUUUGACAGGAUGUUGGAGUAGUUACUUCUUUAGUCUUUGGUAGUUUAGUAAUACUAGUUAAUGAUGCUGG